UUCCUCUAGCUGCCGUUUUGGGGGAAAAGGAGAGAAAAACAUUUCAAUAGGUUAAAACGGGAAUACAUUAGCUGCCACAGCGUGCCUCGGCUUCUCACAGGCAAAUGUUAAUGGCUGAUAAAAGUGCUUUUUGUAAUAAAAUAAUUUACGUAGGGAACAUUCGAGCAAUAGCACUUAUGCAUGAUACUAUAUAUGAAAUACAAGACGUGUUUUGAGCAAAAAGCCUGUUAGAACGUCACGAGAGAGGAGACGUUCACGUCCACAUAAAGAGCAGUAGGCGGCGCGUCAGAGAACGGCUGCCCUGUUUUAAUGAACGGUGACAACGGGCUCCGCUUUCAGCGUUGAAAUAAGAGUUUAACAGUGCGAUAUUCCGUCGGCCGGGUCCCCACCCCUCAUUCUGCACCGAAGAUCCGCUUCAACGGAGCUGCAAAAUCUGAAUUGUGGCGCAAACGCGCACUACGCUGCAUUAAAUAAGCGCACGAGCCGAACGAUUUCACGUGCAGCGCCGGACUCCUUCGUUGUAAACGGGCAGCCCAGCGAGGAAAUGUCUAAGUUAUUCAGGGCUGUUAUCAUGGGUCCGCCAGGCUCGGGGAAGGGGACCAUAUCGGAGAGGAUCGCGCACAAUUUCGGCCUCACACAUUUAUCCAGCGGAGACUUUGUUCGGGAAAACAUCGCCGCGAAAACUGAGGCUGGUGUUCAAGCUAAAACGUAUAUAAAAAAAGGACUGCUUGUACCAGACCAUGUCAUGACACGACUUCUGCUGCCUAGAUUGGAGGAGAUGACCAAAUACAGCUGGUUGUUGGAUGGUUUUCCUCGAACACUAGCUCAGGCUGAAGCCCUGAACAGUGCCUGUGAUCUGGACGUGGCCAUCAAUCUCAACAUUCCUCUGGAAACACUGAAGGAAAGGCUGCGACACCGAUGGAUACAUCCCCCCAGCGGCAGAGUCUACAACAUGUGCUUCAAUCCUCCCCGUGUCCAGGGGAUAGAUGACAUCACGGGAGAGCCAUUAAUUCAACAGGAGGAUGACAGACCAGAAGCCUUGGUGGCCAGACUGAGACACUACAAAGAUGUCGCAAAACCUGUCAUAGACUUUUAUAAGGCUAAAGGCAUCCUAUACACAUUCUCGGACACAGAGACAGACCGGAUCUGGCCGAAUAUCAGCGCACUUCUCAGCACAAAGAUCCCCAGCAUCCAGUCAGAUGCUCGAUGUGCUUCAACUCACUGAGGGAAAGACAACGGUGUGGCCUCGUCUCAGAGGAGGAAGAACUGACCGCACUUGGUUUCCAAAGACUCCGUGCAUUUUUUUUGUUGCAACUUGUCCAAUGGUAGCGUAGUGUUAUUCGUAGCGCUAGCUUUAAUUAUUUGUGUUCCUGAAGAGUUUUAAUACAGUUGAAGGACUUGUUCUCUGCUUUUAGCAUUUGCUGGAGUCUGGAAAUCAGUCAGGGUAAAAUUCAACUUAUAUCUAAGAAGUACAAUACUUUAUAUCAUCUCUGUCUGUGAUGUUUGCCUUUCUUAUCGAUUUUAUAGCAGUGCUACCAUUCUUCUAUGUACCAUAAAAAUGUAUAAUUAUUUUUUAUGUGCUUUACAAGCUCUGUAAUCCAAAUAUGCCAGAUAUGCCUUGGAGAAUUUCAAUUUAUUGAAAACCGGGCCUUAUUCUUUGAAAUGCAUUGAUAGAAUGUUUAACUGUUAAAAUCAAACCAAUAUACGAGUAACGCUUUUAGCAAAUGGCAGUGUAUAAGUAUAAUGUUAUAAAAUUAUCCUAUGUCUUACUGCCAUCUUUCAUAAAUACUGUUCAGUAUAGCAGUUUUAAGAGCCAUAUCUGGAAGAGCCGUUGAUAUAAAAUAAUCCGCUGGGGAUAACUGUGACUGUUCAACCAGAACAACAGUGACGCUUUUGUUUUUUGAUCAAGAAGAUUAAAACACAGACUUUAUGAAAAACCACAGAUUAUAUUACAAUUAGAUUAAAAUUUGUCCCUGAAACAUAGAGAAGCUCAAGGAGCGUUUUAUAGGUGUCAGUCUGUGUCUGUAUUUGUCUUUGUCUAUUUUUCUUUAAUUCUUUCUUGCUUCCUGUUCUCUCUCCAGUGUUCUGUUUCAGACUAUGUCAGGUUUAUAUGCCUGAUAAAAAACGGAAUGGAGAGAACACUGAAAAUAUCUCCACACCUUCUCGUUGUGCAAUACCAUAUACAAGAAUCUACAUGCUUGAGCUUUCCUCUUUUUCCAAAGAAAAUAAACUUAUUUUCACAGAAA